AUGUUCACAACAAGAAUACUCCGAGCGCCUGCUCGCUAUGUCUUCCGCUCGAGUCUGCGCAGUUUCGCCUCAAUUCCCUGCCGGAUGGAACCUCAUAAAGCCUGGACCCCGAUGCCGUUGAUCACAGAGACAAUCGGAGGUGGUUAUCGGCAAUCAGAUAUCUUCUCCAAACUCCUUCAAGAACGGAUAGUCUGCCUGAACGGUCAGGUAGACGAAGUCAUGUCCGCAGCCGUUGUAGCCCAACUCCUGUACCUCGAAUCCGACGCGCCAGAAAAAGCCAUUACUAUCUACAUCAAUUCUCCAGGCGGCUCAGUCACAGCCGGUCUCGCGAUAUAUGACACGAUGAACUAUAUUCGAUCUCCCGUAUCGACGGUCUGCGUGGGCCAAGCUGCUUCGAUGGGUAGUUUGUUGCUGUGUGGCGGGGAAAAGGGGAAGCGGUUCUGUUUGCCUCAUAGCAGUAUUAUGGUCCAUCAGCCAAGUGGAGGGUAUAUUGGGCAAGCGAGUGAUAUCGCGAUUCAUGCACAGGAGAUAUUGAGGGUACGGAGAAAGCUGAAUGAGAUCUUCCAGAAGCAUUUGACUAAGGAGCAUACACUGGACGAUAUCGAACUGUUGAUGGAGCGAGAUCGGUUUUUAAGUGCGGAAGAGGCUUUGGAGAUGGGGAUUGUGGAUGAGAUUCUGCAGAGGAGGACUGAGGCAGAAGAGAGGAAGCUACAGGAUGAGCGGAACACCUAG